AUGCCACUUUCACCACCAUCAUCAGAAGGAAAUAGCCAAGAAAUAUUUUGUCGAUGGACUAAUUGUUAUCGUACUUUUGACGAUGCAGAAUCAUUAUACGCUCAUCUUUCAACCGAUCAUGUAGGACGUAAAUCUAUGGGAAAUUUAUGUCUUAAUUGUCAUUGGGGGGAUUGCGAUAUAAAAACAUCUAAAAGAGACCACAUAACAAGUCAUUUACGUGUUCAUGUACCGUUAAAACCACACCUAUGUCAGACAUGUAAAAAAGCCUUUAAAAGACCUCAAGAUUUAAAGAAACAUUAUAAAACUCAUACGCAAGAACAUCAGCAACAUUUAAGUUUAAUGAAAUGUCAACGAUUAUCAAAAAAAAUUUGUCCGCCACCAUCACCUCCUUAUUAUUAUCCACCUCACAGGCAGGAAAAAUUAAUUAAUUCAUUAUCUUCACCAUCAUCAUUAAUAUUAAUGAAUGAUCCAAAACAACAUAAUAAUAGUAACAGCAACAACAAUGAUAAUGAUAAUAACAUGAUUCUUCCUAAUCAUAAUAUUAACAUUAAUAGAUUGUUGCCUCCAAUACCUUCUUCAUUUUACUUUACUAAUGGUAAUAAUGAUGGCAAUAAUAAUAUUAAAAACAUCCCACCUCAAAUGAUUAUUAGUAGUAAUAUUAAUAAUAAUAAUAAUAAUAUCAAUAAUAUUUUCAAUGAUAAUCAAAAUUUUAUUUCAUGGCAAUUAUAA